AUGGCCUACGAAUUCCUUCUUCCGGCGUUAACGCCAAGCGCACAGAAGGUUGUCCGGACACAGCCGGAAGUCGUCACAACCAUGAUUCUCGUCCUGGUCGGUCUGAUUAUCUUGGGCGUGGGCGCCUGGUAUAUCGGCUUCGCAGUUCGGAAACCAGAACAAAAGAAACCAGCAGCGGCACCACCUGGAAAGGCACCGCCCAAAAAAUAG